AUGAAAGAUUUUGCACCCGUACACCAUUUCUCACACGGUAGUGGCAAGGCGACGAUCGAGGCGUGGAAAGACUUGGUCCGAGUAACCAGGGUGAAUUGGGUUCUUAGCGAUGGUGUCGGAUUAGAGCUCUUGAUUACGUCACGAAUCUCCUUAUUCAGAAUCACGGGAUUUG